AUGACCUAUGACUAUGUGAUGCUGAGUGCGGCCGCCGAGGCCACGCGCAACACCUUUCUGUGCUUGUGGGCGGUGGUGUCGGAAUGCAGCGUGCCGCGGCCCACGCGGGGCACAGACCUGGUUUGCAAUCUGACGCUGAUAGACCCCAGCACUCCCGACCGCCCAGAGCUGGCUGCCGGCAUCGAGCUGAUGUGCUUUGCGCCCCACGCUGAGCAGCUGCCGCACCUGCGCCGGGCCGGGGACAUCAUUCGCCUGCACAGAGUGAAGGUGGAUCGGUACAACGACCGGCCGCAGCUGGUGGGGAAGGUGGGCUUCCGGGGCUUCGCCUUCUGCCUUUUUGAUGGGGCCUCUGCUGGCGUGGCCCAGCCCUACCAGGUCUCCUCUGCGCACUACUUCUUCGAUGAGCGGGAGCAGGGCCUGCUGGAGGCGCUGCGCCACUACAUGGCCACCCUGAACCGGCAGCAGCUUGGCGGCAACACCACCUACCUGCGCCGCAUCAAGGACAUCCGCCCGAUGCAGUUCUUCGACGCCGUGUGCCGUGUGCUGGCGGCGGAUGACAGCCAUGCCAGCCUGCGUCUGCUCUACCUUUGGGAUGGCUCAGAUGCCCUUCCCUUCCCAAAGGCGUACGACACGCGGCAGGAGGAAGAUGCAUCCGAGGUGCAGCAACAGCUGCCUCUGCUGCGGCCUUUUGCGCUGCCCCUAGAGGACUUGCCAGACUUUCGUGAAGUGCCACUGCUUGGGACCGCACUGCCGCUGGUGCUGCCCAAGAGCAGCCGCGUGGAACAGCCGGCGGUGGGCAGCUGGGUGAAGUUUCGCAACCUGGGCGCACGUGUGGUGAGCGGCCAGCUGCAGGCCUUCUUCUUCCGCAACAGCCGCUGGGCACCCUGGCAGCAUGAGAUGCAGCCGCAGCAGCAGUUCAUGGAUGAGUAUCGCGAACGCCUGGGGGCCAACCACACGGCGGGCUGGGCGCCAGACCCGCGCGCGGGCGCAACCGAGCUGCUGACGCUGUGCAGCCACCGGGAGCGGCCAUGCAGUACGCUCCGUCAAGUGUUGCUGGACACGCCAGCGGCACGGCCGCGCUGCUACCGCGUGCUGGUGCGGCUAGUGGACCACCAGCCGCAGGACCCCACCGCCAUGUGCCACCCAGCCAGCGAGUGCGGGCUGCCAGGCCCCUCCAAUGGCAUCGCUGGCAGUAGCGGCUGGGUGUACACGCUGAAGCUGGUGGUUGAGGACGCCACCGCCACGCUAGACCUCAUCCUCUUUGGCCCCGAUGCCGACUGCUUUUUCAAAGACCUGCCGGCACGUGAUUUGCGGGACGAAGCAUCGGCGGCGGCGGCGCUGCGGCAGCGGCUGCAGCAGCUGCUGGGCCAGGGCUGCCAACGGGACGGCGGGCCGUGGAUGGAGCUGAGCAUCAAGUCGUACUACACAGAUUCCACCAGGCCCUGGCAGACACGACAGUACCGCGUGCAUGACAGCAGCCUGCAGCAGCUGCCGGCGCCGGCGUGA